CCUAGCAACACUGUUAAUCGUCGCGGAAGAAUGCUUUAUUCGACAGCCUAUAGUUGGGCAACCACAGUAUGGACAAACGGCUCGUUCAAACCAUAACGGUUUCGAACCCGAAGAUGUCAAGAUUAUGGUGCGGUAUGUUGGCAAAGCUGAUCUUGACCAUCGCUUUAGUGAAUUUGGAGAAACAUUUGAAAAGCAGCAGAAAAACUUUGAGAGCAUGAAGGAGAAACGACAAAAUCUGAUGGACAGCUAUCACUGUUCUCCUGAUGACAGCCUUUCUAAGUGUCUGCAGAAGAUUAAAGAAGAACACUACAUACACCAAGUGCAACUGCAAAUGAAGGGCUAUGACUUCAGUUUGACUGUGACACCAGACGAUAAUGUGCCUGACAAGCUGAAGCAGACUCAGGAGAACAUCAAGGAGCUGUGCCAAGCUGUCAAAGCCAUCAUGGCGGUGGGUCCAAAGCUUGAGGCGAUGACCAGCUGGCUUUUAAAGGAACAAAAUAGGCUGACCGUAGAGGUGAAGGAAGAGGCGAAGACAUACCAGGAUGCCGUACGCCUUGGAGACAACCUAAAAGGGAAUCUGCAAGUAGUAUCACAAGCUAAACAACUUAGUCCACUUUACAGGAAACAAGCUACCAAAAUCUGUAAAGAAGUGGCAGAGCUGUCUGGUUGUAAUCCAUAAAUCACUUUAUCAGGACCGGAGUGUGAACUAUGUGGAACUUGACCUUAUUUAAAGGGAAACAUAUUAAUGUGUGGUUGUUUUUUUUCUUUUAAAGCAGAAAAGUUGGCAUUUAAAACAUAUUACUUUACUUACACAGUAGGCAUCGUUGAGGAUGUGAGAGAUCUCCAAGCCAGGACAAGAUAGGUUUUCUUUAUCUCAGGUGAGAGAUUUAUCAUUUAUAUAGCGAUUUUUAUUGUGUUUGAACAGUGUUUUUGUUUUUAAUGGCCUUAUUUACAUUGUGUUAUUUACUUUAAGCAACAGUAUCGGAUCGGAUUACAUGUCUUUUUCCUUCCAAUAUCGAUCCAGUGAUUUGGGACAAUAUCGGACCAAUACAGAGUACCAGAACGGUGCCAGCCCUACUUAAUAUGUAAAACCUUUCCAACUAAUGCCAAUUUUUUAAAAAUAACUAAACCAGGUGCAAUUUAUAUACAAGCAUUUUAAAACUUUAUUUGCAUUAAUAUUUAGAUUUCUUUUUCCUUUUUUAAU